AUGCCUACUCCAUUGGAUCGGGCCAUGAAUUCCAAGAAUCUAUUUCUGGGAUUCACCGGGAUGAUCUCAGCCGCCGCGGUGUGGGCUAUCUGGGGUAACGACAUGUUUCCUGCGGAGCAAGAUCCGACUGGGGACCCUGAAGACUGGACAGCCGAUGAGUUGAAGAGGUGGCUCCGCUUGAGAGGCCUUUUGCCCAGCGCCAGAGCCACGCGUGAAGAGUUACUCGAGCGAGUCAAAGCAAACUUGCGUGUGCCCAGGUCUUCCGGCCAGUAG